AUGUCGACUCCCAUAUCCAAAGGCUACGAUAGACUGGCCGCUCUAAUGGCCCGCGACCCCGGGUCCUCCAUCUAUCGAAGUUUUUCCAAGCUUAAUGCAAAGAACCUGCUCUAUCUUCAGGCAGAGAUUGCCUACAUUCAAAUUGACCUCCAAGAUAUCAUCGAAGAGGACGGUCAAUCCGAGGAUAAAGUCUCAUUCCCGUUCUCAGUCUGGGACAUGAAGAAUUCAGAGGAUCCGGUUCAAUGGGAGAAGGUCCUCGAAGCACGCAAGUUAUUGAAAGAGUAUAACACAGCCCUACUCCAACAAGCUCAACUCCUCCGACUCAACGCGCCCGAGAAAGCCGACCUAGAGGUGUUCCAAGCGUGGCUGAAAGAAGAAGAAAGCAGAAAUAUGUGGUUUUCGCCCCCAGACCAAUGGCGCGGAGAGAACGAGAGCGACUUGGUAGCAUUGAACAGUCGACAUGAGGAGACGGAUCGUUUCACCCGUUUUGUCUAUACACGAGUCCUUUCGUGGUUCCAUCGGAUGGUGGGGGUCAAGGAUACCGUACGUUAUGCUUUUCGUACCGUGUCAUUGAGCUCUGCCCUGAUAGUAACUAACCUUGUCACUAACGCACACAUUCUACACCAGAAACGAAAAGAUAUCGAAUCUGGCGUCUGGUACUAUAAUGACCGUACAAUCAAAUCUUGGACGUAUAUACUCAGUUUGAUUAUCUCAGGGUUGCUUCCUGCAACCUCGAUGAUUGUGUUGUAUUUCCUGAAAGAUCCGGCGGCAAUAUUAAUCACUAUCUGCGUGUAUGAUAUGGUGUUUGUUCUGGUAAUGGGGUUGAUGGUUAAGGCGAGACGCGUGGAGAUCUUUGCUGCCGCCACAGCGUUCGCUGCCGUGCAGGUGACUAUGAUCACGGCUGGUAAGAGCAAUACGUGA